GGAGGAGGAGGAGAAGGAAGAGGAGGAAGAAAAGAAGAAGGAGCAGAAGGAGCAGGAGGAGGAGCCGGAGUGACGGGAGGAGCCGCGGCGGCAACGCGUAGACGCGGCCCCCGGCUCGGGAGCUAGGCAGAAAGCCGGCGCGGGGGCAUUGAGACAGCCGGCCCCGGCGCACCCCGAGCGGAGGCUGCUGCAUCGAGCGAGGACGGAGGCCCGGGCCGCGCGAGUGCAUGAAGCUGGCCUUCGUCCCCGGCAUGGAGGGCGGCUCGAGCCUGUGCUGCCAGGAGCCCUGCGCAGAGCUGGCCGAGAGGGUGGCCGCCAUCGAUGUGGCCGAGCCGGGGGGAGCCGGCGCAGGGGACGCCGGGGCCGCCUUCUCUGGGGAGGACCACGGCCCGGACUCUGCGGCGAGCGGCGGCCCCCCUGAAGCCCGAGAGAGGAUCCCGUCGGCCCCCUCCCUCACCGCACGGGAUGGCCCCGUGCGGCCGGCGCUCACUGACAGGAAGCUCUCUCUCCAGGAAAAGCCAAGCGGAAGCUGUCUCUCUGCUGCCUGCCCCUCCGCGAGCGGGCCCUACGCCACGGGGCCCGCCAACCACGUCUCGCCCCGCGUCGCGCGCCGGCCCACCAUCGAGUCCCACCGAGUGUCCAUCUCGGACGCGGAGGACUGUGUCCAGCUAAACCAGUACAAGCUCCAGAGCGAGAUUGGAAAGGGCUCCUAUGGCGUGGUGCGGCUGGCUUACAACGAAUCUGAUGACAAGUAUUAUGCCAUGAAAGUCCUGUCCAAAAAGAAGCUCUUGAAGCAGUACGGAUUCCCACGGCGUCCUCCGCCACGCGGCUCCAAGGCUGCCAUGGGUGGUCAGACUGUCCCCCUGGCUCCCCUGGACCGGGUUUACCAGGAGAUCGCCAUCUUAAAGAAGCUGGACCAUGUGAAUAUCGUGAAACUCAUCGAGGUCCUGGAUGACCCCGCGGAGGACAACCUCUACAUGGUGUUUGACCUGCUCCAAAAGGGCCCCGUGAUGGAGGUGCCCUGUGACGACCCCUUCACCGAGGAGCAGGCCUGGCCGUACCUGCGGGACAUCGUCCUGGGCCUGGAGUACCUCCAUUACCAGAAGAUCAUCCACCGGGACAUCAAGCCGUCCAACCUGCUCCUGGGCGACGACGACCACGUGAAGAUCGCCGACUUUGGGGUCAGCAAUCAGUUUGAGGGGAGCGACGCCCAGCUGUCCAGCACUGCCGGGACCCCGGCCUUCAUGGCUCCGGAAGCCAUCUCUGACUCGGUCCAGAGCUUCCGAGGAAAGGCCCUGGACAUCUGGGCUACGGGCAUCACUUUGUACUGCUUCGUCUACGGGAAGUGCCCUUUCAUCGAUGACUCCAUCCUGGCCCUCCACCAGAAGAUCAAGAAUGAGGAAGUGGGAUUCCCAGAGCAGCCCCUGAUCAGUGAGUCUCUGAAGGACCUGAUCCUCCGCAUGUUGGACAAGGAUCCCCAGACGAGGAUCGUGAUCCCCGAGAUCAAGGUGCACCCCUGGGUGACCAAGAACGGAGAGUGCCCGCUCCCCUCGGAGGAGGAGCACUGCAGCAUCGUGGAGGUGACGGAGGAGGAGGUGAAGAACUCGGUGAAGCUGAUCCCGCGGCUGCCCACGGUGAUCCUGGUGAAGGCCAUGCUGAGGAAGCGCUCCUUUGGGAAUCCAUUUGAAGCCCACUUCAGAUCUGAGGACAGGUCUCCAUCAAGAAACUUAUUAAAGAAGGAUGCCUGUAACAAAGAAGUGCCUGAGCCCCGAGAGGACCAGCCCGCCUCCUGAGCUCCCCCCGGCCCCCUCGGGGGUCCUUGCACCGCUGCUGUCGCCAUUCAUCCCGGGAUCAUGCGCCCACUCCCAUGGACCGCCACUGAGGAGCCAAGGUUGUGAAGAGGAGGGACGUGUGGGAAGGGAGGAGGGAGGGGAGGGGCCGCCGGCCCUGGAGCUUUGGGGACCUUGUUUACAGCCAGGCCUGGGCCGAGAGCCAGCCCCGGAAUCUGCGCCUCAUCUCCCCCGCCCCCGACUGAUGAAUGUGUUUAAUUUAUGAUUCAGUGGAGCUGCCGCCCCUCGCAGGGGGGGGCUCAGAAGGUGGGAGAGGAAACUCUUCCUGCUCAUUACCCGGGGCCCCUGCAGCUGGGGGCGGGGAGGAGGACCCCGGAGGGGCAGGGAUGCUUUCCGCGGACUCUGGUCUCCCCCCACCCCAAGUGUGUUUACAAGGGGGAGUGAUCACCCACCUCCCAGGCCUGCUUGUCUGCUGCCCCACCCAGUUACCUCUGCCCGGGGCAGCCGCCAAGGUAAAGGCACCCCCACCCGGCAGAAUGAGCGGCAGUGGGAGACACCCCCUGACCCUUCUGGAGGAAAGAGGCCGGGCCCUUGUCCUCGGCCAUAACUGGAAUCAGAAUCCUUCCCCCGGGGAAAGAAAGCAGCCCCGACCUCCCCAUUUCUCCUCAGGAGAGACGCGGAGGCAGCGGGAGCCUCGGGCAGUCUGGGAGCUCGGGGCUCCUUGGGCAGCCCCUUAGGAGGUGACUUCUCGUCUCGCCCUCGGGCCGGGGGGCUCUGCACUAAAUUGGCCUAAAUGGGCGCCCGUUCAGGGCCUCCCGAUGGGGCCGACCCUCCGGCCCCCCUUGCACUGACCCACCUCCCUCUGCAGCCAAGGGCAGGGCUGCUCCCUCUCUCAGGCCCCUCUAUGCAGCUUGAUUUGGGCGCUGACCGUGGUGCUGGGGCGGAGGGGGCGGGUUAACCCUGCACCAAGUCCAGUCGUGGGGCCUGAGGAGGGGGAGAUUGCAGGCCCCCAGCACCCCAAGAACACCAGGUCCCAGAGCCUCCAGCUGCGGGAGCAGAAAAAGGAAACGUUGCGACGCCUAAAAACCCGACCAUCCGCAUUCCCAUCUGCCAAGCAGCAAAUUCUGAAAGCAGGGAGUUCACAGAAAAGGGGUCUGGGGGGGCAAACCCCACGGCCCCCCAGCCCCGCGCUUCCUCCACGUGCCUGUCUGCACGCUCUGCAUGCUCUGUCUCGCACCUCCUUUGCUCCGAGUGGCCCCUGAGGAGGCCAGAGGGAGCCACGGUGAGACCAGGGGGGGCCCUGACUCAGGGGCCGCUCUGGGCCAAGCCCACAGACUUGAGCAAAGAGCAGCCCCCCCCCAAGGCCUCCUCCAAGGGUGUCUCAGUGCUGGCCCUUGUACCCCAGAGGAGACCCUCGCGGGGACCCCCUGUUCUGAAUCCCUGUUCCCUGCAGGCUUAGGAGUUUGAGAGGGAGUGGAGCGACCCCCAGGUGUCUGACCCGUUCGGAGAUGGGGGGGAGGGGGGAAUGGAGCGCUGUGUAUUGUGGGAGGACAGAAGCCUGUACAUACUCAUUAAAAUGUAGAUACGCAAGAA